AUGUUUCUCAAUGAAAAUGUAGGUCGAUUAGAGAAAUAUUUAGCAGCCACUUUAGGGUUUUGACGUUUUAGUGGCCACUUUAGUGACUGCAAUCUAAUGCCCCUUUGGGAGUCUAAGUGGCCCUACUAGACCCCUAAAACUACUGUAGUGGCCACUAAGAUGCAGAAUAGUGGCUUCUGUAGAAGUGUUUCUAUUGGCCACUUUAGUGUUUUCCCCAAUUAGUCCUUAAGGAACCUUUUAUGUGACCAUUGAAGCUUUUUUCCCAAAAAUUCAGUUUUCCAGAAAAAGAAAAAAGUUUCAGAUUUCCCAAAUUUUUCUCGGUUUCAUUUUGGGAGUCAUAAUCUACAGUCUAUUCUCUUAUUUUAUUAACGUUUGGAGAAGCCAUUGCAAAUUCUCCAAAGAAAAAUUGAAAAAUAAUCAAAAUUCGAAAGAAGAAGUCGAGGUUUGUUAAUCGGACUUCGGUAGCGAAAACCAGAUGCAUUUUGGAAGUUUCUAAGUGAUCACUUAAGUGCUGACACUCCUAUAGUGGUCACUAGAUAUGAUCUGACACGUCCGGUUUGCGUUACCAGGUCCAAAAAUGGAUAACCAAACGAGAAAGAAUUUUAGAGCGAAAAUCCGUCAGCAGAAUCGGAUUCAGAACGAGUGGAUUUCACAGACGAGUGAUUGAAUUUUUCAAGAAAGGAAAUAUGAGAUUUUUGUUUCAAGAAAUGGAUACAGAAGACACAUCAGAAGGCAAAUUCCGAGUGAAUUCUAUGAGCCUUCGGAUCGGCCACCCAUUCCCGAACACCUUCGGCCUGAAAUAUUCCACGUUUUGCAUCAUUUGGAGUGGGUUUCCGUCAAUUAAAAAAAGAAUGGAAAUUCUAAACAUUUCCUUAUAAUAUUGAUAUGUAUCAAAACCUUCGAAAUUUAAUAAAAAUGACCGCAGAAUGCUCGAGCUGCCGAGCAGCUGGCAGUUGAAGCCGGAAGACGUCGAAGUGAAGUCGUACAGGGCGAAAGAAUAUAUCGUCAGGCCUGGCGAUCCACUCGACUCGAUGUAUGUCGCUGUGGAAGGAGAAUUACAGAUAAAUAUUAUGGUAGGUUUUGGAGGAAUGGGUUCAUUGGGAACGUUUCAAAACACAAAAAAAAACUUUUCAAAACAAAAAUGAUCUUUUCGGAGCCUUUGGGAAACAUUUUAACGCUUUGAUAAGUGCUUUUUUUCUAUUUUCGACAAAAAUGCCGGAGAAACAAACAAAAAAAAACGAAAAAGUUUUUUUUGUUUUAACCGUAGGGCGCACUUUUUUAUUUUCAACAAUUAUUCACCGAUCGAUUUUCGAAAGUGAAAUUUCCCACUUUUUCUGAUUAUUCGAUUUCUUUUCGUUCAUUUUUUUAAUAGAUGUAUGAGCAGAAAACAAGAAUUACAACGACCUUAUUUAAAAAAAAAUUGAACUACCUUAUUUCGUAUGGAACGCAUUUUUCGACAAGUUUUAGAAUUUAUUGAGUUUUUUUUUCCUGGAGUGCUCGUUUUUUUCAAAACUUCGUUGGAAACUUGGUUUUUUUUUAGCUCACCGGCCGAAAAUCGCGACAGUAUCCGGUGAAAAUAAUAACUCAAGGCGGCUGUUUCUUCUCAGUUUUGUCGAUUCUUGACGCUCUCAAGGUUUUGAUUUUUUUAUAUUUUUUUAUCUUUUUUUAUCAAAAAAAUUGACUAUUCCAGGAUGCACCGCCGAUCAAGAACCUGACGUCGCUGCGAGCGGCGACCGAUUGUCGCGUCGCGAAGUACAGCUUCGCGUCUUUCCGUUCGGCGAUGCUUGAACGGCCCGCCGACUGGCUUCGGCCCGUCCAGGUGGUCAUCACCAGGCUUCGUCAUGUCACUCUUGCCACUCUGCACACUUAUAUGGGCUUCAAUUGGCAACUGUUGAACCAGGUUUUUUUACAGGGGGAUUAGACGAAUAAAAAGUUGAAAUUGUUUUUUCCGGGCUUUUGUAAGUUCAAUAUUCAAGUUCGGAAAAAAUCAGACUUCAUAUAACCUGACAGGUUGGAUAAUGAUGAAGAACUGUAUCUGAAAAGUAUGAAUAAGUAUUGGAAAAAGGAACAAAAGAAAGAAAAAUCAUAAAAAUCUGAAGAAAAUUGAAAAAAGCCCCUUAAUUUUUGAUCAAGCUCGGUGUUUUUGCGAAGCUUUUUCUGCACAUAAAAAAAUUAAUUAAAUCAAAAUAUUUAGAAUUUGAUUUUGAAGAUAAAGAAAAAUAACCCAACAUUGUUAAAACUGUAAAAUAGACCUCAAGUUCGCGGGAAAAAUUUAUUUUUGAAAAGAAAAAGUUUAAAUAAUCGAUUUUUUUACAAUCAUUUUUUUAAUGAAAAAAAUUUGAUUAUUUCAAUUAUUCCUCUGAUAAAAAAAUUUUUCUGAAAACACUGUAUAUCAAUUCAGCUUUUCUAACGCAUGAAUUUGGAGUUUUUUAUAAUUUGAUAAAAAGAGAAAUUUCUAAAAAAAUCCUCUCAAAAACAAAACUUUAGAAUCGCCUCUGCCCAACCGAAACAGUUUACGCCAACUACUUGAAAAUUCCGAGUAAAUACUUUUUUCUCGAAAAUUUUGAAAUUUGACAAUUUUUUUAGAAGAGUCAAGGUUAGAAAAAGCUUGCGAAUGGCUCGCCGACGCGCUUGGAAUCAGAGAAAAGGCGUCCGUUUUGAGAAAUUUGGUUUUUACAGGACUAUUUUAGAAGUCAGUUAUGGAAAUGAUGAUUUUAGGUUUCACUGGAAGAAUUUCCUGUGGGAACUGUCCUUGUGAAGCAGAACACCAGGGACGAAGAUUUGUUCUUCCUGCUCAGCGGGUCUUUUUUGAUCUGUCGGGUACAACUUUUUUGUAUUUUUUCGAGUCUAUUUUCGAGACAAAAAACACUCGUAUCACUGUUUCAGUAG